UUAAAUCCGAAAAUGUUGGUCAUAUUCUAUGCACUGCUAAUGCUUGAAGGGGGACGUAGCACAAAUGAUUUUGAGUUUUUAACAAAGACGGUUAUUGUUGGACAAAACGGAACCCUGACGUGUCCUCUUCAGAAAUCUCUUCUGUACCAAGAAACCCUCUACUGGAUCAGACUUGUUUCUGGGAACUGGCCCGAAUUUCUAGGAGGAACAUUUAACUUUGAUUUUGAAGAUGUUAUAAAGAUACCUCACAUUACAGCAAAACAAGAGAAUGAAGCAUUUGUUCUACAUGUAACUGGAGCUAAGAUCAAUGAUACUGGUCUUUACUACUGUAUUAAAGUCAAACAACUUGACAUGAUGUUUAUUAAAGGAACAUUUCUAAAAGUUGAAGGACCAGAACCAGAUGUCACUGCUGUCACUCAGGAGCCCCUAUAUGAUCAGGUCUAUCCAGGAGACCCGGUCAGUCUGCAGUGUUCAUUCUUCUUUAACCCUGAGAAGAAAACCUGUGCAGCCGAUCACAGUGUGUUCUGGUUCAGAACCAGAUCAGAUGAGUCUCAUCCCAGUUUGAUUUAUCUCCAUGGAAACAACACUGAUAAAUGUGACAGGACGCCAGCGACUAACACCACACAGAAAUGCAGCUUCACCAGAAACAUCGCCUCCUCUGAUAGUGAGACUUAUUACUGUGCUGUAGCCUCAUGUGGAGAGAUUUUAUUUGGCAGUGGAACCAAACUCCAAGCACCCAGUCUGUGGGAUUUGAAGGCGGCCAAUAUAGUUCUGUUAUCGUCAGGUGCUGCUUUGACUGUGAGCCUCAUUGUGAUCGCUGUCUUAGUUCAUAGAAUCAGGAGGAAAACUUGUGGCUGUUGCAACGAUGCUGUAACGACCGGUGGUGAUCAGCAAAUUCAACAGAAGAAUGAGGUCUCAUUGAUUUAUUCUACAGCAACAUUCACCAAGAGACAAAAUGUCAGAGCUGAGAGAAGAAAUAAAAAAACAUCACCGAAGGAGACAGUGUACUCUGAUGUCAGAGUCUUUUAAUGAAUUAACAAUGUUUUGAAUCUGCUUAUUAAUUGCAGU